CAUCUACUUGAAGAAGUCCAAGACACAUUUGUUUGAGAACAAGAUCGAAGUGCUUGGAUACCAAGUACAUGACGGCAAGAUCAUCACGCAGCCCUCCAAGGUAGAGGCCAUCAAGACCUUCCCAAUACCCACCACUGGCAAAGCAAUGCAAUCGUUCCUUGGUUUGGUCAACUUCUAUUCCAGUUUCAUCCCCAAGCUGGCAGAGUUGACAAGUGAACUGUACGAGGUGGCAAAGGUCAAGGGCAACAUCAAGCUGACUGAGCAACAGACAUACUUGGUCAAUACUAUCAAAGAUUCAAUCAGUGACAAGAGUCAAUUGGUUAUUCCUAAUCGAAACAAGUGUUUGGAACUGUACACAGACGCGUCAUCCAUUGCGCUGGGUUCAACUGUCAAUCAACGUGAUGACAAUGGGUCACUUCAAUUGGUCGCAGCAUUCUCACGCAAGCUCAACGAGAGUGAACGGAUGUUUACAACAACAAUCAGAGAGACAAUGGCAAUCAUCGAGACACUUAAGAAGUAUGAGAGCAUGCUCAUCGAUUCAGAGUUAUUGAUCAAGACUGAUCAUCUCAAUAUCACGUACUUAAAGGACAAGCAACAACUGUCACCCAAGGAGUUCAGAUGGUUGGAGUACCUCAAUCGAUUCAA